CCACAGUAGAUUAACACGAAGUUCAUAACUAUAAAACACUUACACAAUGGAGCAAUACAAAUUAAUCUUUGGAUGUUUCUUAAUUUGUGCCUUUUAUUAUGGAUUGAAAUGUGAAGUUUGUAAAAGAGAUGGUCUUUAUUCUUAUCACUGUGAGGGUUUGUGCAAUGGUUCACUUACGCUAUUCUGUGAUGAGUGUUGUAAAUUAAAUGGUACUUGGCGCUGUGUAGUAAGCACUAGAUAUCAUCAAUGCGAUACUUCGCCCAGAACCACUACUACACGUGCAUCGAUUUCCGAAAAGACCAAAACCAGUGGAACAUUAUCAACUGGAGCAGGAAUUGGACUCGGGGCAGUAUUAGUUGUUAUUGUUAUAUUUGUAAUACUGUAUGUAUUAAAAAGACGUAUGCGUCUAAGUUUGCCACACAAUAACCCAGGAACUAACAACGGUGUUGUUCAUAAUUUACAACAACCGACUCGAAAUCACAUUAUGUUCAUUAGCGGAUCGGAGGGGAAGAGUGUCAUUAUUGCUUCUACAAAUCUGUCUUAUGCUCAACAAUCUGCGCAUAACUUGCCACCAUCAUAUAUCCAAUAGCCAAUGCGUACUGUAUUGCAGUGAAGAACUACACACAUUACUAAUUUUGAUACUCAAAUUGAUGAGUUUCUACAGACUAUUGAUGGCUUGAUUGACAAGAUUUUGAAUAUUACUAUUAAAAGAAGUACAGACAUACUCGUAUAAUUGUGCAAUUAUAAAGUUAAAAACUUCCAUAAUGUCUUACUUUAACGAUAUAUGAAUAUCUUUUAUAAAGAUAUGGUCAUAAAUGUACACGAAUGUAUCAUUAUACAAGUGUCAUAUAAAUAACCAGUAGUACUCUAUAAAUCAUCAAAAAUGUUAUCUAUUCAUAUUAGUUAAACCUGUUAAUCAGGUAAACACACAUGCUGAUCAUGGUACUG